GAAGUUUUGGCUCCCCCUGAAGUCCUGUUUCCAUCCGUUCCCAAAAUUCGAAAUGGCGACCAAAGAAUUGAUCCUUACUGUGAAGCCUAGAGGAAAACCAAUCAAGCGUCUGCCUAAGGAGGCCUCCCUGCCGCCACUGCGCUCAACGUCUGAUCUGUACUCGCAAAUUGGGCAGAAAACGGGCUACUCGGUGCAUCGCCUACGGAUCACAAAGGAGGAUGGCACUCUUGUACCAUACUCAGAUGAUACCACGUUGUCCGGUGUUGGGCUGACCGAUUCUUCAACCAUCAUCGUGAAGGAUCUCGGCCCGCAGCUGUCAUGGCGCCUUGUCUUCAUCGUCGAAUACCUGGGUCCGCUAUUCAUCCACCCGGCCAUCUUCUAUCUGCGACCGUACAUUUACCCUGUCCCCUCCCUCACUCCGUCGGAGAUACCGGAGCCGUCGCAGUUACAGCAGCUUUCAAUGGCACUCUGUGUCGUACACUUUAUCAAGAGAGAGCUUGAGACGAUUUUUGUGCACCGCUUCUCUGCUGCCACCAUGCCGCUAUUCAACAUCUUCAAGAAUAGCGGGCAUUACUGGCUGUUAGCUGGUGCGAAUAUCGCUUAUUGGACAUACUCGCCGAAUUCUGUGGCUCAGCAGCACGCCAAGCUUGAUCUCACGCAGGACCCUCUGACAGCCGUUGGCCUUGUUAUGUUUACCGUCGGAGAGCUGUUCAAUUUGUACACGCAUAUCGUACUGUCGAACCUGCGACCUAAAGGAACCACCACCCGUGGGAUCCCCAAGGGCUUUAGCUUUGGUAUCGUGACGUGCCCCAAUUACAUGUGGGAGGUGGUCUCUUGGACUGGCAUCUGGAUUGUAACAAGGAGCUGGAGCACCUUCUUCUUCCUGGUUGUUGCUGCUGCGCAAAUGGCAGCAUGGGCCAUGAAGAAAGAAAGACGAUACAGGAAAGAAUUUGGCGACAAGUAUAAGAAGAAGCGCUUCGUCAUGCUUCCCGGUGUAGUUUAAAUGCGAAUGAAUCCGGUUGGGCAGAAGCAGGGAACAUUGCUUCCAGCAGUAUCCAUCUUUCUAGUACUAUCACUUUUGAAGCUCAGGCCCCGACAAACAUCGUAGACUAAUUAAUGACGCCUUUAAUUCGUUUAAA